GACGCAGGAGGUGUCGAGGUGGGCGGUGUAAACACUCACGAGACCACCAGGCAUGAGGGCGGCCACCAAUAGACACCAAAAUGACAGCUGAUGUAGACUAUGAUGAAAACAGCCACAAGACUGUGGCUGAACUUGAACUUCGAAGAUACAGUAGUAUUGUAGAGCAACAUGGAGACCAGUUGGAAGAGAUUAUCGAGGCUCUGGGGCCCCACCCACUGCCACCGUGGGAUCCUGUACUUGAUCCAGUCAGGCUUAAGAUGGCACCUUUUGAACAACCAUCAUUAGUUCAACUUAUUCAGUCCAACAACAAGUUAGUGAAUAAAGUAGUGCUAGCUCUCAGUGCUUUAUGCUUAGAAGCAACCGAGUUAGUGGAUGAGGCGCGUCAACAACUCUAUCCACCUCUUGUGUUAUAUGGCAAUGGAGUUGGAGAAGAAGGAGAGACAACAGGAGAAUCCCAAAUAUCAUUAUCACGUAUUCUUCCAACUCUCCAUCAAGUUUCGUGUUAUGUGCGACGUGUCCAAAAAGUUUCUCGGAAUGUAAUACAUCAGAUGACAUCAUUAUAUUCUUCAGAAAAAAAAGCAAAUGGAUUUAUUGAUGUGACUGAUGUUCACUUUCAGGUCAUGUAUGAGCAUCUGGGUAUCCUCCUGGGUACUCUUAUCACCCUGGAUGAAGUUGUAAUAGGAAACUCACUCUUACAUGAACACUGGGGAGCUUAUCGUCGUCUGGUGCGCUCUGCUGGGUCAGAUCAACAGAGGUUUGGUCACGAUAAAAACAGUUUACAGCCCCUUGAGAAGAUGCUGAGUGAUGUAGAGAAUCUUGUGAUGCAAGGAUCAAUGUUUUUGUCUGUGGUGCGACAGCCAUACGACUGUGACGGACUCACUGUGACUAGGAAUGGAACAUUACGAGAAGAGAUGAUGAAUGUGAUACUGGGAUGGUGUGGUCAGCUGGAGCAAGGUGGUGGUGAAGACUGGUGGUGUGACUAUCAGCCUCAAGUUGUUGGGGUAACUGCCCUGGGUAUUCUUCACCAGGUGAUAUUCAACUCACAGGAAAAGAAGCUUGCCAGAACGCUAAUUAGCAUCUUCAAGAAGAUCCCAUGUAUUACAUUGGUGGGCUCAGUUGUAUGGCUCGGGGAACAAUAUAUUCCAACAGUAGCUCCUACUCUGAGCCAACUUUUUGACCGUAAAACUCAGGAUGCACUGCUCAGUUACAGGACCAACCACUUGGCACAAAAGAGUCAAAGUAUUGCCAAGGAGGCUCAAACUGUAAACUUACAGGUGUGUGGUUGGUCUGUGAACUUGGAUGCUGCAUCAAAGAAACAUUCAAGUCAAAUGAAAAAUCAAGACCUGAGUCAGCGAUCUUUUCUGUUAUUACAGGGGAUGAUCUUGGCACACACAAUCAAAUACAGUAUUGAGACUGUACUCAAUCUACACACUAUCCUUGGUCGUCCCAUGGGAAAGGCAUGUGCCUUAAGUGUCUGUCGUCUCAUGGAAUCUCUGAAGGCCAUAGAGAACACAUAUCAUCGUCACAGUUCCCUCCUGGCAGACUCACUGCCUCACGUUAUGCAAUAUCUUACAUGCCAAGUGCUCUCUAUUGUUUCUGCUGCAAAGACAAGAGUAUCCAGUGCACGUUUAGAUGGCCGUCGGUUGGACAUCUUAAUGGCACUUGCUUUGGUUGAGCAGAUGCUGUCAGGAUCUGGGACAAAGGAACGGCGGCUGGUCAUACGUGUGGCUCUAUCACUUGCUAAUCAGGCUAGAGCAUUAAGGGAAGAAGAUGUCUCAUCACUUCUAGUACUUCUGCGUCGCUUAGACCUGGCCUGUGAAGUUCAGUCCCGUGUGAAGGAAGCCACCAACUGCUCAAUCCUCUACCAUCACCGUGUAAUCUUUCCAGCAUAUCUGAAUCAAUACUUUCAAAGUUUUGACCAUGUUCAUCAUAUUCAUUUUAUGCUGGCAGCAGUACAAGAUUGUGCCAUCCAGCUAGAGAAAUGUUGUCAUCUUGAUUCUGCAGACCAACUGUUAAGCCAGUUCAAGGACGAGGUCUAUUUACACAUCAAGGAGUGUGUUCUGGAUAAAACUUGUCAAGCUGUAGAAACAGAGUUACGACUGAGCACUCACUCCCACCUUCAGCUAGAUAACCGCAACCCCUUCCAGACUCCAUUAAAGGAUGUUUCUCCGUUACUGUACCUACAGCCGCUCAGUCUGCUUGAUUCUGUCAUAUCAGUAAAAGACUAUGUUGAGCAAUAUCUGGAGAGGACAUUCUAUGCCCUGACUGUUGUGGCUCCCCAUGACUGGAGAACCUAUGAGGAAAUGCGAAACCUGGCAGCUUCCAAGUACAACAUAUUUACUGUACCGUCACACCUGCCGUCUCACACCUUAGAUCAGGGUGUUGAUGUUCUGGAGAUUAUGCGCAAUAUUCACGUGUUUGUGCAGCAUUACCUGUACAACUUGAACCAGCAGUUCUUUGUGGAGGCCAGUAGCAACAACAAACACCUCAGCACUGUCACCAUCAAACACAUUGCCAAUUCCAUCCGAACACAUGGAGCAGGCAUCAUUAAUACCACAGUAAACUUCACUUAUCAAUUCCUACGGCGAAAGUUUCACGUCUUCUCUCAGUUCCUGUAUGAUGAACAUAUCAAGUCUCGCCUGCUGAAGGACCUGCAACACUGGCGAGAGGUUAAAGUCAGUCAAGAGUAUUUCCCCUAUGAGAGAGCUGAAAAGUUCAAUCGUGGUAUCCGGAAACUGGGGUUGACACCAGAAGGAUUAUCAUAUUUGGACCAAUUUCGAGGACUUCUUACUCAUAUUGGAAAUGCCAUGGGUUAUGUUCGAUUGGUACGUUCUGGUGGGCUUCACUGCUCAAGCAAUGCAGCACGUUUCAUCCCGGACCUUCAAGAUGUUGUGAGCUUAGUGCAGUUGUGUGAAGAUGCUCAUGUUUCCCAAGAAACAAUCAGGGCAGCUGAGAACUUGGAUGCUGUCAUUAACAACUUGACUCGAAAUUUUCAUCAAGAUACAGAUUAUUUUAAGCUCUUGGUAGAUGUCUUCUCACCAGCUCUUCGUGACAACAAAAACAAUCAUCUUAAGAACUUCUACCUCAUCAUUCCUCCUCUGACAAUAAAUUUUGUAGAACAUUCACUGGCUGCCAAAGAUAACAUGAACAAGAAGAACAAGACAGGAGCUGCUUUCACUGAUGAUGGAUUUGCCAUGGGACUUGCCUAUAUGCUGAAGGUUCUUGACCAGAAUUCUGCCUUUGAUUCCUUACACUGGUGGUCAGGAGUGAGGAGAAAAUACAUCAAAGAAAGAGAAAAAGUUGAACAACAGCGCCAAGGUGGAGGAGGUGCAGAUGACAAAUUACAGCAGACUCUUGCACUCACACUGACACGUCUGCUGCAGUACCAACAGGAAUUUGAGCUGUUGUACUUGAGUGUCAGCAGUGCUCGAGUGUUCUUCAGAGGAGACUGGGCUUCCUCCACUUCCACAACACAGAGCCAAAACAGUGAUACUCAGUCAACCAACAGUGCUUCUAGUAAUAAGGAGAAGGCUACUGACAAGGCCACAGAAAGUAAUGUAUAACAUCGACUAUCACUGAUUGUUUGUGUACACAGUAUGUAUGAAUACAGAUGUGAGAAUGCAUGUGUGCUUUUUCAUACAUAUGUAUAUCGUAAUGUAAAUACAUGAAUGAAUAUACAGUGCAUACCUAUUAAUUAAAAUAUACAUAAGAAAUAUACAGUGUACCUGUACUGUACCUCCUUACUUACAGUAGAUACAUUAAUAUACCAACCAACAAACAUACAUACAGUGUACUGCAUUUAUACAGAUUCCUACAAUAUACAGUAUAUAUAUUCCUCGAUAAUCACGGGACCUGAUAAUCACUGAUCUGGCUUAUAGUAUCCUCAACUGCGACCAUGUGUAUGCUUAUCACUGAUUGAUCUGGGUUAACGCGGAAUUAUCAUGGGACAGCAGUGGGUCUACGAGAGCCAGCGGUAGCAGCGACUGCCAAGAGAUGGCAGCACGGCUCAUGGCGCCAGCUUCCAGUGACAGCAUUUGUUUCCCUGCACUGUUUUGGUUGGUGUUUGAAGACAGUUUCAUGCUUCGUGCUUGUUUUUGGUGCAAUUUUUGUAACUUUUACUUAACUUCCACCAUGGCAUCUGUGAACAAGAAGAGUGUUAAGGUUCUUGAUCCAGUUAAGCGGCGAAGACAUGUGUAUUCUCUGCUUGAAUGUUCCGAUGUUCCCGACAAGGAUAAGCAUGUUACCACUUCCUUCCACUCCACCUCUCUAGUCACCCCCAUCAUUCUACUUUCUCACUCCAUAAUUUAAAAUUUAUGUAACGUAAUGUGGAAGGAAUAUGACGUUCAUUUAUACUUAAACUCAAUUUUUUGGGUAGACAAUCAACUUUUCAGUGGUGUCUGGCAGGGCUGCAACUAGUGUUACCAAACAAACUGAUAUCUCCUCACCACUUACCACAAUCUCCCCCUCGACCGCCAGCUCCACGAUCACCACCAUUACCUCUAUUAUCACUACCUAAAUCAUAAUUUCAGUGAUGACUUUGCUUUAGCCAGAGCAGAUUAGCACUAUAUCCGCUGCCUCCCACCCACUGCGUCUCACCAACACUCUGCCCCUCUCACUCAUUCUACUAUGACUGUCAUUCAUGAUACAGCAUUGUAACAUUGUACAGGACUGUACAUUGUUUAUUUGUUAUUCAUUAAUUAAUAAAGAUAUGUUACUAGUAUUAUAUAAUUUAGUGUACUUACACAUUUUGGUCAGUUUGGGGAUGCAUCUUUCGGGUCAUGAGACGAAACAAAUUUUUCCCAUACGUUAUGUUUCAGAAUGUAAGGGUUUGCUCAUAGUAGUUUUCUGGAACCUAGUCCCCUCAAUUAUCGAGGAUAUAUAUAUAUAUAU